AACACACCACUGGAAGCCUCCCUGGCCAUCCAUCCUACUGUGAGCCUGAUUGACCUAAAGCAGCUUCCAUGAUGUCCCAGCAAUACACUCUUCCAGUGACCCUGCCCCCUGCCCUCAGUCAGGAGCCCCUCAAGCCUGUUUCUCCUCCCGCCGAUACCCAGCAGGAGCAAGUGAAACAGGCAACUCCGCUGCCUGCUCCAUGCCAGAAGAUGCUCUCGGAGCUCCCAGUGGAGGUCCCCUUGGAGGAUGCGGAGAAACACACAACUCUUGUGAAGGGAGUGCCUGAGCAAGAGUGUGAGCCGCAGCCACAGGAGCCACAGCAGCAGGAACUGCAUGUGGAACAGCAGCAGCAGCAGCAAGAAUCACAGGUGCAGGAACUGCAUGUGGAUCAGCAGCAGCAGCAACAAGAGUCACAGGAGCAGGAACUGCAUGUGGAUCAGCAGCAGCAGCAGCAAGAGUCACAGGAGCAGGAACUGCAUGUGGAUCAGCAGCAGCAACAAGAGUCACAGGUGCAGGAACUGCAUGUGGGUCAUCAGCAGCAGCAGCAAGAGUCACAGGAGCAGGAACUGCAUGUGGAUCAUCAUCAGCAGCAGCAAGAGUCACAGGAGCAGGAACUGCAUGUGGAUCAGCAGCAGCAGCAACAAGAGUCACAGGAGCAGGAACUGCAUGUGGAUCAGCAGCAGCAGCAGCAAGAGUCACAGGAGCAGGAACUGCAUGUGGAUCAUCAUCAGCAGCAGCAAGAGUCACAGGUGCAGGAACUGCAUGUGGAUCAUCAUCAGCAGCAGCAAGAGUCACAGGAGCAGGAACUGCAUGUGGAUCAGCACCAGCAGCAGCAAGAGUCACAGGAGCAGGAACUGCAUGUGGAUCAGCACCAGCAGCAGCAAGAGUCACAGGAGCAGGAACUGCAUGUGGAUCAGCAGCAGCAGGAGCUCCAGGUGCAGGAAGUGCAGCAGCAGCAGCAGCAGCAGCAAGAACAGCAGGAGGACCAUCAGAAAGCAGAACACCUGGAGCAGGAGGAAGCACAAAGGGAGCAGCAGCUAAAGGGACAGCUGGAACAGGAGAAGAAGGGCGUGGACCAGCACCUGGAUCAAGAGCUAACAAAGAGAGAUGAACACCUGGAAAAGAAAGGGGAGCAGCUGCUGGAGCAGCAGGAGAAGCCUCUAGAGCCAGCAGAGCAGCAGGAGGGGCAGUUGAAACAGCCUGUGCUUAUUCCAGCUCCUGGCCAGGUCCAGGAGACCCACCCAGUCCAACUGCUGAAGGGAGAAGUUUUGCCCCCUGAGGAAGCAGGACAUAAGUAACCACCUCUGGACAUAAGUAACCACCCCCAGUAUCCCAGAGGCCCCCGGAAAUCCCGCACAAAUGAAGAGAGAGCCAGUGGCCUCACUUACCUCAGGUCCCCAGCCUGGGUGGCCUGCCUCAUCUGUGAACCUGCUGCCUGUCCCUGUCCUUCUGUAUGUCUCUUUGAUAGGGCUUGGGGGAGGGGGAGGGGAGUUAUUGCCCAGCACCCACUCCCAAUGAGCCCAGUCUCAGCCUCAGGUGCCAGAGCCUCUAUACAGGGAGAAAGUGACUAUAGCAACUCUGACUGCAUCCCCAGUAUUAUAGCUGAACCUGUGAGUGUAACAAUAACACAGAAAAUAAAUUCUGGAAAGCCUGG